GCCGGCGUGUGAAGCUAGCAGCCAGGCAGCUAUAUCCGUACUGGUAUCUUCACUGUGUGCACACGGAAUACUAAAAUCGGCACUGGACGUGAGAUAAAAUUCAACAGGUUCUGUGUGGAGAAGAGGACAAAGUUUGAUUCCAUGUUAGCAGGUGGCCUGGUUCAGACUCUAUAAGGUCCCUGACAGUCGCCAGGAUUCGCAGGUCAUCAUGUAUGGCCUCCUGCUGGAGGGGAUAGUAGACUACAUCAAGUUGACAUAUGGAGAAUCUGUGUGGCAAGAGAUACGACAGAAAGCCCGGAUUGAGCACCACACCUUCUCCACCCAUGCCGUCUAUAGCGAGGCCUUGAUUCCCAAGCUGGCACGCGUUGCCUCGGAUGUUACUGGCACCCCGUAUGAGGAGCUCAUGGACGGUUUUGGAUCUCGCUUCGUCGCUUUCGUCGGCCAGUACGGCUACGACAGAAUACUCAAGGUACUGGGUCGCCAUAUGAGGGACUUUCUCAAUGGUCUGGACAAUUUACAUGAGUACCUUCGCUUCAGCUAUCCCAAACUGAAGCCACCUUCGUUUUUCUGUGAGAACGAAACACGGACUGGUUUAACGCUACACUAUAGGAGCAAAAGGAAAGGAUUUGUACAUUACGUUAAAGGGCAGAUCAAGCAGGUGGGUAAGAUGUUUUACAACACAAAAGUGGACAUUGAUGUCAUAGAGCAACGAUCUACGGACGAGCUGACCCACGUGGUCAUGAGGUUACAUUUUGACAAUACUGCCUACGUCGAACCGGAAACACUCUAUAGUAACUUCAGACAAUCUCUUCCGGUGAGGUCAGAUGUGUUUUUCGAAGUCUUUCCUUUCAACAUUGUCUUCAACCGUGAAAUGAUAAUCAGGAAUAUUGGUGCUGGACUAUCAGCCAUCAUGGCGGAGGUCGAGGGCAAGUGUAUCACCAGUGUGUUUAAUCUGUCGCGACCUUUACUGAAUUUUUCCUGGGAGACGGUUUUGAUGCACACCAACAACGUGUUUGAGCUGGUUUCCAAACGCACAAUACAAGCAUCGAGAGCGUUACACAGUAGAGAAUCUCCUGAAAAGGAAAAAGGCAGUUUGGAUGAGAAGAAAGAGUUUGAAGACAAGAUUAGCUCGAGUACAGACGAACGAACAGAAUCUCCUCGGUUGCGCCUGAGAGGCCAGAUGAUGUACAUGGAUGAGUGGGACUCCGUGAUUUUCUUGGGAACCCCCGUUAUGGCGAAUGUGGAUGCCAUGUUCAAUACGGGUCUGUACAUCAACGACCUUAGCAUGCACGACUCGAGUCGUGACUUGGUCCUGGCGGGAACGCAGCAAUCUGCCGAGCUGAAGCUGGCUCUCGAUCAGGAACAGGAAAAGAGUCGCAUUCUAGAAGAGAGCAUGAAGAAGUUAGACUCCGAAAUGAAACGAACCGACUCAUUACUGUACCAGAUGAUACCGAAGGCGGUAGCGGACCGGCUGAGGAAAGGAGAGCCUGCGAUGAAGACAUGCGAGGUGUUUGAGAGCGUAACCAUUCUCUUCAGCGACGUGGUUGGCUUCACUACAAUAUGCAGCAAAAUCACACCUCUUGCCGUUGUCUCUAUGCUGAACGCCAUGUACACAACGUUUGAUCAGCUCAGUGAGAGGCACAAUGUCUACAAGGUUGAGACAAUAGGAGACGCGUACAUGGUGGUUAGUGGCGCACCGACUGUCACCAAAUAUCACGCUCUACACAUCAGCAACAUGGCCUUGGACAUGUUGGAUUCCAUGGCCGACCUGAAAGAUCCAUCAUCUGGUGGCAACAUGCAGAUACGUGUUGGAAUACACACUGGCACGGCUGUAGCUGGGGUCGUUGGGUUGAAAAUGCCCCGCUACUGUUUGUUUGGGGACACUGUAAACACUGCCUCGCGCAUGGAAACCAAUGGAGAGGCGAUGAAGAUUCACGUGAGUGAGACUACUCGAGACGAGCUGGUGAAGUAUCCCUACCGGCUUGAAGAGAGAGGCAGCAUCACCGUGAAGGGCAAAGGCACUAUGCGGACGUAUUACCUGUUAGGCCGGACCUCAGAGGAGUUCCCAAAGUGUCCCUUCACCGCCAUCAUCGAGGACGAGAUCCAGAAGUCACAGGACCUCACUACCGACAGCGUGAACCUCACCAGCGCUGCCCCGGACACGCGCUCUCUCUACUCACCUGUCACAUUCGAGGAGCUGGCCAGGUCUGUACACAGCACCAAGAACAACACGCCCGAGGGGACGCCUUCUAAAGCUACCCUCGUCAGCUGGCAUGGCACCGGCAACGCCACAAGGCUCACUCCAGAGGAACUGUUAAACAUUCCCAUGGUGGCGUCCCGAUCCUUUGAGACGGACAACCAAGAUUACAAUAACAGUCCUACAAAGUUACCUCUGUCAGGAUUCGCGAACGGGGGGAGUCGGCUCGAAAAGUCCUCAGAGAGAAUACAUAAUGAACUAGGAAUGCAGAAUAUAUCAAAGAAGGCACGCGAAUCGGAGAAACCCCGAAGCCAGACAUGUCAGAUAUUAUAACAGAGAUGAUUAGAAAUGGGGACGUGUAUGGAAGACAGUAUUGGAUAUGUGAUAUUUACUAUUUAUUGCUAAUUUAAGUUUAUACACUAUAUGUUUCUCGGGUUAUUAUGCUAUAGGGUGGUUAGGGUAACUAACCAAGUUGUGGUUAUCAUUUUUUUCUGCAGGGCUCAACAGUGGUACCCUAUACCAAGAACACACUCCCUGUUCGAUUGGGUUACUUCCAUUUGAGACAAAGCCUGGAUUAUUGAGCGUUGUGUCUGAAUGUUCGUACAAUAGUGAUAAUAGUAAAUCGUACUUAUACCAACUCUAUAAUACUGAAUAUGAAUUACUUUUGUGACACCUGUGUCACAUACCAACAUUCCAAAAGGGUGAGGUACCUUUUCCCGCGCAAUGGCGAAUCGGGUCCAAGCUAAAAAGGUCAUUGUUCUCUUGCAAUACACAUGUACUAUUGUACGUGUUUGCUCACAAAACAUCGUGGCUACACAGCUUUAACCCGAAUUACUUUAAGCGGGAAAAGUUCUCCGUUACACUUAAAGAACAGUUGAGAUGAUAGACCAUUUUCCAUAUAUCAGAGCACACGAAGCUAAUAUUAUCUUCUAUGCAUUAUGGUCAUGUUGGUGUAAACAGGCAGUAAGGACUUGACAAGGACCUAACUCGAAUAUUCGGCUGAAUGGGUAAUUCCGUAUAGCUCUUUGUACAGCCAAAGACGUGUGAAAUCUUGAAAAAGCAGUUACAUUUACCCACAUAGGGGAAUUAUCCUUAUCUAUAUCAUCUAGGACGAAUUGGAAACAUGGAAUAAUCAUCUGGAAACGAAUCACCUCAGAUAUGUGAACGAACACAAAUAGUAUUACAAUAGAAUUAGACAACAAGUCAGAAUGUAAAAAAUAAAAUAAAAUGAGUUUGCACUUAGUGCCUUAUAAACACUAGCAAUUACCAUUAAGACAAAGACAAAUAGAGUUUACGACUUCGAUGACUGAGUUAAAGGCAAUUUACCGAUCUAGUUGCCUGGGGUAAUCAGAGUUUACCGACCUAUAGUAGACAGUGGAAAUCAGAGUUUACCGACCUAUAGUCGACAGAGGUAAUCACAGUGUGCUGACCUAUAGUCGGCAAGCGCAAUCACAGUUUUCCGAUCUUUGUGGCCUGAAAUAAUCCUGGUUCAAUGAAGAUGACCAACGAGAUACAAUAUAUGUAACUUGCUGUUAUCUCAGAGUAGAAAGGAAUGCCCGUGAUCGUCAGCUGUCUAUCUUGAACACUACAAAUUAGUCUUUACAAAUACACCUCAUGUGUACAAGUGAGCCAAACAGCGGUUGCCUUGCCGUUAAAUAUUGAAAACGACAUCUUGAAUCACGGCAGGGAGAGAAGUCUUUCAUUAUCCAAUCUACGCUUUGUUUGAUUUUCACUCUCGUCGUUAUAAGUGUAUUUAAAAGCGGGUAUAGUUGUAAGAGAAUAACACAUUAUUUAUGAAUAAUAACUUCUGGGUUUAUUAUCAUGAGCAUUGUUUCUAAAUUGAGUCCCAGAAUGCUGAUCAACAUGAUGUCUGCUAAUGAUUCCAGAGGCUAUUAUCCAGAAGCAAUGCGUGCUUCAAUGAUCAAUGUUACCGUGGCAUCUCUCUGUCAAUAAUUAGUAAUAACAACAGUUCUUGAAAUCUUUUCAUUAGGCACACUCUUUGCUGUGCACCCGUAUACCAUGACGAUCUUCGCUGGGUCGCUGGUUCAAUUUUGGCUAUGUUAAUAUUUAGUGCGUCACGAGUUGUUGGUGGACACGGUCUGAUCCUUCCAUCCUACAAGAGGAUGCUGUACAAAGCGAUGUCAUUUUGACAAUAACCUGUCCCAUCACCGUAUACAUGAUGAUUUUUGCUGUGAAUAUACAAAAACGAUGUCUUUAGACCAUAUAUAUCGACUAGAGGUAAAGUGUACAAGUAACUGAU